AAGGUAAAGUUAACUGUUUAGGCUUCAUAUAUAUGCGUCUACCUUUUCCCAUUUCCCAUCGUUGUUGAGGCAAAAACACACAAUCCAGAGACAGACAAGCUUCAACCAAGAACCAACCAUACCCAUCGAAUCGACACCUUCCACGUCACCAUCUUCAUAUCAUUGUUUGGAGAGAUAUGGGGAAUUCGUUUGGGUGCUCUGCCUCCGGCGAGAGGCUGGUGUCGGCGGCGAGGGACGGCGACUUGGUGGAGGCGAAGAUGCUUUUGAACUGCAACCCAUGUCUUGCCAAGUACUCCACUUUUGGUGGCCUCAAUUCCCCUCUCCAUUUUGCAGCUGCCAAGGGCCAUAACGAGAUUGUGGCAUUGUUGCUUGAGAAUGGAGCUGAUGUUAAUUCAAGAAAUUAUUGUGGGCAGACGGCCUUGAUGCAAGCUUGUAGAUAUGGGCAUUGGAAAGUUGUACAGACACUUCUACUCUUCAGAUGCAAUGUUAUGAGAGCAGAUUAUCUCAGUGGGAGGACAGCUCUUCACUUUGCAGCUGUGAAUGGGCAUGUAAGAUGUAUUAGACUUGUCGUAGCUGACUUUGUUCCAAGUGCUCCUUUUGAAGCUAUACAUGCUCCCACAGAUGCUGGCAGGAGUGGUGGAUCAAAUGUGAAAGGCAAACAUGAACAAAGUGCCCUUUCCAAGUUUGUAAAUAAGACAGCUGAUGGUGGUAUCACUGCCCUUCAUAUGGCUGCAUUAAAUGGGUACUUUGAUUGUAUACAACUGCUACUUGAUCUUCAUGCAAAUGUGUCUGCUGUGACGUUUCAUUAUGGAACGUCAAUGGAUUUAAUAGGGGCUGGAAGCACUCCGUUGCAUUAUGCUGCUUGUGGGGGCAAUUUAAAAUGCUGUCAGAUCCUCCUUGCAAGAGGUGCGAGUCGGAUGGCUUUGAAUUGCAAUGGGUGGCUUCCUCUUGAUAUUGCUAGGAUGUGGGGGCGUCAUUGGCUUGAACCAUUGCUGACACCCAGUUCUGAUGCCAUAAUACCUAGAUUCCCUCAUUCAAGUUACUUGUCCUUGCCUCUCAUGAGUGUGCUCAACAUAGCCAGAGAGUAUGGAUUGCAAUCAUCUACAACCUCCUCUGACGAGAUUGACUUUUGUGCUGUAUGCCUGGAGAGGCCAUGUUCAGUGGCUGCAGAAGGAUGUGGGCAUGAGCUUUGUGUUAGAUGUGCACUCUAUCUUUGCUCAACAAACAACGUUUCUUCUGAAAUGAUUGGCCCUCCUGGUUCUAUCCCUUGCCCCCUUUGUAGACACGGAAUUGUCUCUUUUGUUAAGUUACCAGGUUACCAAGCAAAAGAAAAUAAAUUACACGUGUCUCUUGGCCUGUGUACUCCAUGCAUGCUACAUCCACGUGAGCUAGAUCAGUCAUCUCUUUCUCAUACACCAGAGAUUCGAAGAAACCAUGUAGCUUCUGUUCCUUCAGAGAUGCUCUGCCCUGUCACUUGUAGUCCAUUUCCUUCUAUGGCAAUUCCUCUAUGUACCUGCAAUGAUGGUCCAUGUCCUUCAUUUGAACCCCGAGAAGUAGAAAGACAAGAUGAAUCACCUCAUCACUCACAGGCAUCAACAAUGGAUCACGAUAAAGUUGAAGGGCCAAGACUAGAUAAAACAACCUGCUCAAGCAUGUUUUGGGGUAGAAGAAGUUGCAGCAGGGAGAACCAAUGCAAUUCAGAAAUAAAUGCUUGACUCUUCUGGUGCUUCUAAGACCCUUUUUAUGUUGUGGAUGCUGGAUACAUUUUAGAUCAACAGAGCAGACCACAGUUGUCAUAAAAACCAGCCUCAAAUAUUGGAACUCAAUGGAUAUAUCAAUAAGAGAAAAAGCUGCUCCGUAUAUCUGUUUUGCUGCACAGGCUGUAUACUAGUUGAUAAAUAUACUCAGGCGUUUCAGCAACACAACCACCACCUGGAUGCCCUCCUGUGAUAUUUAUAGAGCGUGUGUGAAAUUAGUUUCGGUUCCAUGAGAUUGUUAUUGUGAUUUAUAGUUAUUGGAUUUCAUUUUAUCAAAGAAAAGAAUACCUUAUGCUUUUUAUAGCAUACGCAUCAGAUUAGGAGCAUCUGUAUAUUAUACUUGUCAUUAUCUCUCAUCUACGUUAACAUUGUGCUGCAGAAAUACUGUUUUACAAAAUCGUGCUUGUUUAGCCUUGCAUGUAAAGUGUUUGUUCUUGACAGAUUUGUUUCUGUAAAGGGCAUAU